GUGUCCGUGUCUGGUCUUUCGUUCUUGCGAUCUCAAGUCUCCUGGAAGUCUUCUCCUUCUUCCUUCCCUUCCACCAUCCUUCUUUCCCUAUUAUCGCGACUUUUCUUGCCCUUUUCUCCUUCGUUACUACCACCUUUUAUCGUCUCUCAUUCGCUUCGAGACGACUUUACAUCCUCGCUCACUUCUCCGCCGUGAUCCGCCACGCGAACGACUUUUCGAACCAUCCAAUACUCUUAAUUCAACGACACGACACAUCAUGAAGGGCUCAAUCGCUAUCCUCGCGGCUACGGCUGCCAUGGCCAACGCUGCUGCUGCUCCCGCUCCGGUUGCUGCUAACAAGGCAUCGAGCUCCAGCUCCGGAUCGCUUCAAGCGGUCGAGGUCAGAGGCAAUGCAUUCUUUGCGGGCGACAACCGCUUCUACAUCCGUGGUGUCGACUACCAACCCGGCGGCUCCUCCAAGGCCGCAGACCCCAUCGCCGACGUCGAUGGCUGCAAGCGCGACAUCGAGGAGUUCAAGAAGCUGGGAAUCAACACGGUCCGUGUGUACACUGUCGACAACACCGCAAACCACGACGAGUGCAUGUCCGCUCUGGCAGAUGCUGGCAUCUACCUUGCGCUCGAUGUCAACACUCCCAAGUACUCGAUCAACCGUGCCGACCCAGCGGCGUCCUACAACCCCACCUACCUGCAGAGCAUCUUCGCGACCAUCGAUGCGUUUGCGAACUACGACAACACCCUUCUCUUCUUCUCCGGUAACGAGGUCAUCAACGCCGACAACAACACCAACUGUGCGCCCUACAUCAAGGCCGUCACUCGUGACAUGAGGCAAUACAUUGGGAGCCGUGGAUACCGCAAGGUUCCUGUUGGUUACUCCGCUGCGGACGUCGAGAGCAACGGUUUCGAGAUGGCACAGUACAUGAACUGCGGAACCGACGACCAGCGCAGUGACUUUUACGCUUUCAACGACUACUCCUGGUGCAGCCCAUCGUCUUUCGAGAAGUCUGGCUGGGACCAAAAGGUCAAGAAAUACGGCGACUACAGCAUUCCUCUUUUCCUCUCCGAAUUCGGUUGCAUCACCAACACGCGUGACUUUGGCGAAGUCGCAUCUCUCUACAGCGACGAUAUGACUUCGGUCUACUCCGGCGGUCUCGUCUACGAGUACUCUGAAGAAGGCCACGGCUUUGGUCUCGUUAAGAUUAGCGGCGGCCAAGUCACCGAAAAGGACGAUUUCGACGCCCUCAGCAAAGCUCUGUCGGGCACCAAGGCUCCUCAGGGCGACGGCGGAUACAAGUCGAGCGGCCAGGCCAGCGAGUGCCCAUCCACCAGCGACACUUGGGAGGUCAUCGACUUCACUGGCACCGAUCUCCCAGCCAUGCCCGAUGGCGCGGAGAAGUACAUGAGCCAAGGCGCCGGCGCCGGUCCCGGUCUCAAGGGUGAUGGAUCUCAGAACGCUGGAGGCGAGUCUACUGGAACCGCCACUGCUGGUAGCGGAACCGUCACUGCGACUGGCAAGGCCAAGCCGUCGGGAUCCAAGGGCGCCGCCUCGUCUGUGCACAUGGGCGAGAUGUCGUACGCUCCAUUCGUCAUGACCGGACUGGUGGCCAUGUUCUCGCUGUUCGGCGCGGCACUUUUGUAGAUGGGAAGAGGUACAUACUGCAUAAUUCUGGCGUAAAAAGGGCCUGGGCAUGAACGACGGAAUCAGAACCAGAUUGAGUGAUUUUUCUCUCCUUGUUUCUUUGUCGAUUCUUUAGCGGUGUCUUUCUGGGUUGCCCGCUCCCAAAAAGCGGCCAUGAUUGUUGUUUAGUUCGGCAAACCAAUGUUUACAUUCUCG